AUGAAUUCCUCCAAGGUUAGCGUUGGUGCAGGCAAGCUCUCUCAUCACUUGCAGAAUGCUCAAAAUCGACUUCUCCUCAAAGGUGGUACAGUAGUCAAUGAUGACCGCAUGUUUCUCGCUGACGUCUAUGUUGAGGAUGGUAUUAUCAGGUUCGUAAUCUACCUAUUUCUUAUUUACGCAAAAUAUAGACAAGUUGGAUUAAACUUGACCAUCCCUGGUGGUGUGCGAACAGUUGAUGUUCAGGGGAAACUGGUCAUACCUGGUGGCAUCGAUUCGCACACUCACAUGCAAAUGCCAUUCAUGGGCACAUAUUCGGCUGAUGAUUUCUAUUCCGGCACUAAAGCUGCUUUAGCUGGAGGCACCACAAUGAUAAUUGAUUUCGUCUGUCCCAAGCGAGGCUCUUCCAUUUUGGAAGCCUACGAGCAGUAUCGUCAAAACGCUGACAGUAAGGUCUGCUGCGAUUACGCUCUCCACGUCAUUGUGCCACAUUUCGACAGCAAAGUUGCCGAAGAAAUGGGGAUUUUGACGAAAGAGAAGGGAGUAAAUUCCUUCAAAAGCUUCCUCGCCUACCCUGAUGUCUUCAUGCUUGAGGACGACCAACUCUACGACUUCUUUGUUCGUUGUCGCGAGCUCGGUGCUAUUGCUCAAGUUCAUGCUGAGAACGGGAAACUUAUCGCUUGUAAGCAGGAGGAGGUAUUUAAAAAGGGCAUUCUUGGACCGGAAGGCCAUUCCUAUUCACGCCCCGAGGAGUGUGAAAUAGAGGCUACCGGUCGAGCCAUAACCCUUGCUGAUGCUGCCAACUGCCCCCUUUACGUUGUGCACGUGAUGAGCGCUGGUGCCGCGCAGAAAAUCUCUGACGCGAGGCAGGCUGGCAUUCUGGUUAUUGGUGAGGCGAUUGCUGCAGGUCUGGGCACCAAUGAUAGCCACUACUUUAACAGUUGCUGGCGUCAUGCCGCCGGCUAUGUGAUGAGUCCGCCACUUAGGAGCAGUGGUACUGAAAGCAAACUCAUGCAAGCACUUGCCAAUGGCCACCUGGAGUGCACCGGAACCGACCAUUGUGUCUUUAAGGCGGAUCAGAAAGCUCUCGGAAAGGAUGAUUUUCGGAAGAUUCCCAACGGAGUGAAUGGUGUGGAGGAUAGGAUGUCGGUUAUCUGGGAGAAGGGUGUCACCGCAGGCAUUAUUGAUCCCUGUAAGUUCGUGGCGAUAACAAGCACCAACGCGGCUAAGGUAUUCAACAUCUACCCGCGCAAGGGUCGAAUUGAUGUGGGCUCGGAUGCUGACAUAGUAGUGUGGGACGGAGAGGCAACUAGGACCAUUUCAGCUUCGACGCAUCACCAAAACGUUGAUUUCAACAUCUUUGAGGGCAUGUUGUGCCAUGGCGUGCCUCAGAUCGUGAUAACAAACGGCCACGUGGUGGUGGAGGAGGACGGUGCGUUGAAGGUCAGUCAGGGAACCGGGCGCUUCAUACCAACACCCGCCUUCUCCCCCUAUGUCUAUUCAAAAGUCAAGGCUAGGAGCAAGCUGCGGGAAGUGGAACCAGUAAAGCGUGAGCCCUACACAGGCCCAGUAAUCGAUCUUUCAGCAGCGUUGCAAGCUAUGGAUGUGAAUAACUCGGGAGUUGCCGCAAAUGCGGCUGGAGGUGGUCAACACAAGGACACUCAGGGCAGUCAGUUCCAUCACAGACCUCCCACCAGCUCGGGUAGUCGAAAUAUGCAGGACUCAAGCUUCUCGUUAAGUGGAUCUCAAUUUGAUGACUCGUUGCCAUCACGCACUUCGACGCGUACAAUGCAACCACCAGGGGGAAAGUCGAGUUCACUUUGGUAG